CAGGGCUGCCGCUCAGCCCGGUCUCUCUCUCGGUUCCACUGGUGCCAUGCAGGCUGACGCGUCCCGUUGCGCACAGUAACACCGCAUAUAGUUUCCACACCCUAACCUCGGGAGAUCCAGUAGAAACCUUCUAACUUAACCACUCGACACGUUUCAUGCGGGGAUGACUCACGGUCCGUGAGAGAAAGAAAAACUCGGGGGGAAGUGGACGCGCUGCGGGAGAAGCAGGGACGAGUUCUGGCUUUCCUCUGAGCAGUUUGCACAAGGUGUUGCAGCGGAGGCUCCUGUGGGCGAAUUUGAUGGAUUCAUUUACCGGCAGCUACUUUAUGAUGUUUGCAUUUCAUCUUUGAGUUUUCGUUGGAUCCUCUCCCAGCCUCCUCUGAAACUUCUCUCGCUUGAUCAUUUCGGCAAAGACAGGAUGGAGUCGCGCGUCGGCUCAGCUCUGCAGAAAUAUCUGCUGCUGUGGUUCAUCAUAGUGGAUGAGAAAGAGGACAGUAAGUUGGAUGAAUGAGGUUAAAGAAUAAUGUCCAGAGCCUUGGGUGGAAAGAAGAAACCAGAGUCAUAACGGCAGUGGCUCGGUGUGUCUCGGCGCAAGGCUGCAGAUCCCAGUACGAGGACCUGAUUAAGGAGUUCUGCUUAGCCAAAUUCAGUCUAGACAUGCAGGAACUGGACCAGAGUCAGUGGUGUAGCUGGGAGGACACGGCCGAACUCUAUGAAGACCUAACAAACUGCACGUACCAAGUGGCAAAUAAAAUGAGUUGCUACUGGCCCAACAGAAUGGUGGACGAGUUCUUCAUCCAGAUCCACAGGCUGUAUUUCCACGAUUGCUCAAUGACUGGACGGCGACUCAGGGACCCUCCAAACCGCAUUCUGGGUCCUUUCAUUGUUGUUCCCAUCCUGGUGACACUCCUCAUGACAGCCCUGGUGGUGUGGAGGAGUAAGCGCAGCGAGGGGAUCGUCUAGUGGAAGGAGAAAAAAAAUGGGGGCUGGGGCAAAAAGACUCAAGACACUAAGUGUCGUUGUUGGAGAAAGGUUUUCUUAAAACCUGGAACCAUAAACUCCUGCUCCGAAACUUAUGUCCCUCUUUAAAGUACAUUACAUGUUUAUUUAAGCUUCAUGGAUUGGAGAUUUUUUUUUGGGUUCACUGAACAAUUUUUGUUGCACCUGAAUCUGAUCUGGACCAAAAAAAUUACUGGUGGUAAGAUAUUGUACAUGGAAACAAAUUUUUUUGUCAGAAACUCCUCGACAAAGGAUGUUGGAUGCCAUUACUCUACUUCUUGCAAGAGUUUAAGAGCUUUCAACAACCAAGAAAAUACCACAAAUGGACCAAUUAUGAAAACCUCUGACAGGAAAUCUACAGAUAUUCUCAUUGUUACCUGUCUACAUACCAUAUUCCUAAACUAUAUCUAGAUCUUUGUGGUUUUUGUGUCAUGAUUAUGUCUUAUUAAAUGUAUUUUAGCUACACUACAAGGGCACCGUGAAUCAUAGAGGCAGGCAUUAAAGAGAACGGUGAAACAGAUGCUCACUUCAGGUACAAGGAAGCACAUUUUGGAAAUGCAGGAAAGGAGGUCCAGUUUGUAUUCUACAAAUAUUGCCAUAAAAAUAAGAAAAAAAUCUAACAAAUAUUGACAAAAAAGAUUAGGUGAUGGCAUUAGAAAAACAUAACUCCAGAUAAAAAGUUAGUAAGUUAGCCAAUGCACAACACUGCUUAGCAUUGCCAUUGCCCAAAGCACAGUUUGUGAAUCACGAACCUUCAGUUUCUAUUGAUGUUUGUCCACCUUGUGUAGUAGAGUGUGCCGUGUGAACUUGCCCCUUUAUUGAUAUUUUUGGAUGCUUUCUUUCCUUUAUACAUUCAUUGACCUGUAACCUGCCUGUUGGCAAACCACACUCUGAGAUACACCCACACUUUGUACCUUGUGCCAAAUGCUUGUGGAAAAACGUGGGAGCCAUGUUUGCUAUGAUACAUGUGAUAUCCUCUUGGAAUGACUUUCCCUGAUUGAUUUUGAAUUCCCGAUUGUGAAGAAAAGUUCAAUAAAAUGUCAGAAUGAUGUGUUGAAUUCACACAGCAUGGAUGCUCUAUUGUAAUGCUAUAACAGGAGGGGAUUAGUGUGUGGGUUAUUAAUUAUGAAUUUUGAAUUUACAUUAUGUGGUGACUCACCAUGAAUUCACCUUAGUGUUUAUAGAGCAGAUAGUUAAUGAAGGCGCUGUAGAUUCAUUACAUUUUAUAUCGACACUUCCAGUAAAGAAGAGCAGCCUUCAUACUUCUGAAGUGUACUCACUCCUUUAAAUAUUUGCUGUUCAGUUCAAGCCAAGCGUUUCCUGUUCACAGAGAUAAUCAAGAGCUUUUAGUGUCUGGUUUAGGUGUGGAUAACACUGUAUGUUCAGCAUGUUCAAUUGUAGCUCUUUAUGUUUAGACUUUAGAAUUUUUAUGAUUAUCUAAUGAAACAAAGAAAAUUAUUUCAUAAAUUAUUGGACACAUCUAGAAAAGGAUGAAGUCCAAGCCCACCAUCCAUCCAUCCAUCCAU